GUAGAUAAGCCUGAGAAGCCGCAGAAGAAGAGCCAAACACUCAAGAGUGUAAUCUUGCAUUUCCUAAGUGCGUUAUCUUCAUUUAUCACCAGUGCAUGGAGCAUACUGUAUUGAACGGCAGUAUGUACCGCUCAAGUAAACCUUCGCUCGGUCCCCCUUCCCGUCCACCGCCGCUGCCGUUCGGCCGCCCUCCGCCGCACGGCCCUCCUUUCAGAUUCGGUCCGCACUCCGGGAUUCCUCCUCCGGGACAUUUACCUCCCGCACCGUGUGGACCAUUUCCAUCUUUAGCACCGGGUUUUCAUCACAACAGACCCCCAACUGGAGAGCAUUUCAUCAGCCCCCCAUGUAGUAGCUUCUCCACAGACCAUCGUUCAGUGAAUGCUGCUGGAAGCAGCCAACAGAUCACCCCUCCUCCAAAACCACCACACCAUCAGAUCCCACAGUGGAGCCCCACUUUUGUGAAACAUCAACCACUGGACAGCAGGUAUGUUGAUAAAGCUGGUGAAGAGUUCUUGAGAUGCAUUGCAGCCAACGAGCCUCUUCCCGAUUAUCUCAAGGGGGACAUGGCACACAACAUGGCCGAUGCAUUAAAGUCAGCAAGGGAUCUCAAAGAAGCUGUCAAAUCAGACCCAGAGUUUCAGAGGCAUGUGAGCAAGAGCAGAAGUCGAAGUCAUGGAAGAAGCCAGGGCAGAUCUCGAGCUAAGAGCAGAGGGCGAAGCCGUAGCAGGGGAAGGAGCAGGAGUCGACCAAGAAGCAAAAGUAGAGCUCAACCGAGAAGCAAAAGCAGAGGUCGCAGUAGAAGCCGGAGCCGAAGCAAGAAGCAACAUCGCUUACGGAGCAAAAGUCGAGCUCGAAGAUCAAAGUCACGUAGUUGUAGCAGUGACAAAAAAUAUGCAAAAGACAAGAAGAGAAAGCGGAGCCCCAGCUGCAGUGAUGCCAACGGAAGCCAUGACUUUACUGGAAAAAGUCUGCUAGAAGGACUUAAGAUUUUCAUGAGCAGCAAGGAACUAGAGGAGCGGCUGCCCACCCUUAAAGAUGCCAUCCUGCAUAUAAAGGCCACAGAUGCAAACCAAGAAUUGGGGUCUCCUACUGGAGAGCAGAAACCUGACAGUUUGGGUAAUUUGACAUCGUUGGAUAAUGAUAAUGACUGCAUGCUUCUGCCACAUGAAAGAGUCGGUGGUGACUUCUCAUGGCUCCAGGGACAAAGUCAGGAAGACCCUGCCGCUCCAAAAGCUGAUGAAUCUGAAGAUGAAGAGAUGUUCCUGUAUGGGAAUGACAACACUGUGGGAGGAAAAUCCACCAUCACAUCCACUCAACAGUUUCAGAGGAUUUCGUCAAGUUUAGCAUACACCAAUCUGGACUGCAAAAAGAUCAAAAAUAUACUGAGAAGUGUGGGUUCAACUGGCAGUAGAAAUUUAAUGAAGCAGCAGCACCCAAUUUGCCCACAGCUUCCCAGUCCUGACCCAGCUGAAGCAGGUUUAGCUCUGCCAGCUUUGAAAAACCCCAAUGUUCGACAAGCUCUGGAGUCUCUGCAGUCACUAAUCAAAGAAAGAAGGGAUAAGCGUGCAAAAAGUGAUGAGGAAGCUAAUGAGGAGGAAAGGCAGAAGGAGAAACAAGCCCGGAUAAACAAAAUGGAUUUCUUGAUGAAAGAACUGGAGACAUUGUUAAAACAGGAAGGACUCAAUUUUCUGACACCAGUGAUUGGCUUUUACUGUCAGAAAUGUGAGGCAUUCAUAGAGGAUCUGAAUAGUGCUGAAAAUCAUGCAGCCACCCAUUGCCAUGGUAACUCGACCAAUGUGAGUACCUCGAUACUAUCUAAACAGAAACCUCAUGAGGAUGUACAUGCUAGAGACAGCAAAGGACACUCACAUCAUUCCAGCAGCAGUGGUAAACAGUACCAACACACACAGGACAGGAAAGAUGGGAAGGAUUAUAGUUACUGUUCAGUUGACCGCCAAAGUGACAGAGAUUACGAGAGUAACUGGAAAGACGACAGAGAUCACAGAAGCAAACACAACAGUGAACACAGCAGUCACAGGUCAGGGCAGGAAACAUUGUCCAUACAGGAGGAGAUGAGGAAGGAGAGGAUGCUCAUAACGGUGUCCUGUGGACUGACUCCAUCUCCUAACACUAGAAUCAAAGAGGAAGACAUGAAGAAAGAGUUGAAAGACCACAAAAACAGCAACACCAGAGAGCGAGAUAAAGUAAACAGGGAGAGGAGUGAGAGUAGCGAUGAUCACCACGGAAAAACAAAGAGCAAAUUGCAGAAAAAGAAAAAGAAGAAGAAGGAGAAAAAGAAAAAGAAAGGGAAUAAGUCCUAAAUAUUAUGUUGUAUUUUAUGCAGGUUUUUUUUCAUCCUUUUACAGAAACUUUUAAAUGUGUUGAACUGAAAACUGACCAGUCUUUGUCCUUUGGCAUUUAUUUUUCAUCCCUGUGUCUUCAUUACUUCUGUGAAGGAGGUAAUGUUUUUGUUGGUUUUUAUUGGUUUUGGUUCAAGUUGGUUUGUGUUUCCAUCAAUUCAGCAGGAUAACACAAAAACACUGAUUUCAUGAAAGAGCAAACCCUUCACAUUUUGAAACACAUAUUAAACAGCUUCCAAAUGUUUUCACAGAUGUGAAUGUUAUUCAGACUAAUUUGUAAAUGCAAAUAAAUGUUUUUAAAAUUUAACUGCUAACAUGUAUAGUGUGCCAAAUAAUUACCAGAAAUUUUGUCAAUUGCCACAAAAUCAUGGAUUUUUUUCCAAGCACAGAAGCAGCUGUCCAUUGUGGUGUGCAUUCACAAAACCUCUCAUCUCUGACAGCAACAUCAGGCUGUCUCUCACCUGUACUUUCUCAUUAUCUGUUUGGACCUUUGUUACCAUGUAUUUUUAUGAUCUAAUCACUGCGAUGCAUACCUUCACAUUCUCUCAGCACUCGGAGAACAAAUACAGUAUAUCCUGGGAUGGAUUGAAGGACUGAGAUGAUGAUUUUGGUUUAACCAAAGUUGUCCACUGCCAUCAUAUUGAGCUGUUUUGAAGACAUCUAACAUUUUCCAAAGGCCAGCAAAUGGAUCAAAAUGGUGUAAUAUGGACUAAGCAUUAUUAAUUCAUAAAAGGCCUUUGUUAGUGCAGGUCUGGUUUGUCCAAUUUGGCCUUCAUGUAGAAGAAUAUUAACUGGUCCACACUUAAACAUAGUGGGUGAGGGUUAUCCACAUAAACACUAGAUACCAGCUGCCUAUUCUGACUGUAGAGACAUAGCAGAACAUAAUGGACUCAUGACAAUAAAUAACUCAUUCUAAGAUUAUAAAGCAAUCCUAAAGUUUGUGUGAUUAUCCAUUUCUCCUAAAUCACCAUAAAUCUUAGACCCUGGACCUUAAGGUGUAUUGAUUAAAUCACAGCGUCAUAUACAUGGAGUAAUGAUGGGAAGAAAUGUUCCAUUGUAGAUAUCAUCUAUAACCUUUGAGUCUGCAGUGAAUUAAAGUUUUCCAUACUUUUUGUGACUACAUAGCCAUGAUUGUAUGUGAUCUUCGAGUGCACUGAUGUGUGUGUAGUUAAAGACAACCUAGAUUACCUACAAAUACUGGAAGUGCUUGUACUUUUUUAUGAAUCAUGCUGCUCUCAAGUUGUUUCCAAAGUGGAGGCAAGUUUUUUGAUGGAGCUCUCACUGAACAGAUAAGUGUAUUUUCCAUCUUCUCAAUUUAUCCCUGUUGAUUUUUAACUUGUGUCCAAUGUUUCCUUGCAGUGCCCCAACCUCUUCUCAAUAAAACCUCUCCAAAAAUAAUAAGUUAUUCUUGCACAUCUGUCUCUAUCAUUGCUGCUGCAUUCAUUCAUCAAGUACAUUCAUGCUCCAAUUCCUUUCUAACAUGUAAUGUUUUUUGUUUUGUUUUUUUACUGACUACUUUUAGCUGAAAUACAAGAUGAAACCCAAGUGA